AUCCUGAACCCACCUCUCGAAUGCGCUUUUCCUUUCUUAACUUUCCUUUAGGGAAACAGGCCCUUUUCUCUCUUAAAUCUUUAUAGCCCCCCCCCCCAACUCCCUGCUUUUUUUUUUCUUUCUUCCAUCUCAGUUUGUUUUAAAACUUAAGCAGUGUUAACUUAUAAACUGCUGGAGAGCUCCCUUCUAAAACCCUUGGAUACCCCACCCCACCUCCUAUGUGGAGAAAGCCAGCUUUAGUCUCCUAGGCAGAUAAGCAAAAUUCUCAAAGUGGGGUACCAGCUGAACUCCACCCCUGGGCGGCACCAGCCUAGAGUUCUUUUUCUGGAACACCACCAGCUAUUUUCUCUCAACUCAGAAUUACGUCGGGUUUUAGCUAUCCGUGCUCAGACCAAGACUGAACCAUGUCCCCCCAACCCACAAUUAAAACACAUGCUCAGCUGUUCUGAUUUCUGGCCUGUAGUGGACAUCGUGGACAUCGGACAUCAUAGCAAAGUCCUGUACUUAAGGUCGUUUCAUUAGGCAAGCUUAGACCUUAGCUGGGACUGGGAGAGGACGUGACACAGCUAGGGCUGGAGCUGGCACGUCCCUGGGGAGUCCUGUCUGGGAAGGAGAGGGGAAAGGCACCCACUUACAUUACAGCGCAAACUUGUUUUCAAAUAAUCAUAUUCGUUAAGAUUUUCCUGAAACUACACUCUCCUGACUUCUGUGUGGUUUGUCCUCACCGUGACAAGCGCCCUCUCUCUCUUUCACUCUGCUCCCCUUAUCUCCCUCCCCCGCUAUGUGUAACCAGGACUCAGUGCACCCAAGAAUUCUAGUGGUGUUGAAUAGCCCUUAGCUGCCUCUGCCGGGUGGAGGUUUGACUCCAAGGUUAAGAGCACUGGUCCCUGAGACAAUGUCUUGGUAACUUUAUUAGCGGUGUGGCAGGAACAAGAUUUCAUUCGCUUCCGCUUCUCUUAAAAACCCUCCGUUUCCUCACCUGUACAAUGGGAGUGGACUGUAGUCGCGAUUGAGUAAUUUCAUGUCCGGUAAACCUAGCAACAAAUGGGAUCUAUUUAUUGUCUGGGACGAUCCCGGGGGAAACCCGAGAGAGGCCUCAGCUCGUUCUGAGAGGGGACAGUUUUGUGGAACCGCACCGCGCCUGGUCCUACCCACGUUGACUGCAGUCUCUGCGACAGAGCCUUAGAGAUUGUUUAAUCGUUCUCUACCUCCUGCGAGUGGCUGUCACCCUCUUCUUCAGUUUUCUAGUUGGUUCCAAGAAAAGGAGGGUUAUCCCAGGGACAGAGACUGGAUGAGCAAAGGAGGGACUUUUCCGGAGCGCCGCGAGGUCGCAAGCCCGGAUCAGAGUCCGGAUUUCCGGUGGCGUUCUGGCCUGCGGCUCCCACGCUCCCCACAGAGGUGGGUGAAUGCCACCCGGGGACAGACCAGGGUUUAGUGGGCGCGUGGGUCCCAGUGUUCGGCAGUCCCAACACGCAUCCGUGGUAUCUUCCCAUCGCCCUCGCCCUUGCCUGGCUGCACCCCGCUUUCCCAGGACUCCAGGUCGCUACAGACUCUACCGGGUUCCCUUGAUAGUGGCCUGGCUUCGGCCUGUCCCAGUCACACAUCUCAGACGUCUAGUGGCCCGCAACUCCCCAGAAGCUCUCAGAGGGCCUUUGAGCUUAGGCGCUUUGUCGCCCACUUCCAGUUCUACCCAGCACUGGAUGAAGAGCCCGUUGUCCCACUGGGGUCGCAGCUACCUCUGGCAAGAAAGCUAAAAAAGGUGAGGGGGCAGUUCCCCGACUGUUGGGUGGGGGGUCCUCAAAAAGAGAAAAGUAGAACACGCUUCAGGACAAGUCCCAAGCCUGCCUCCUGGGGGCAGACAAGCAAAAGCCAUCCCCUCUUUUCUUGGGACAUUCCUUCUGAUCCCAGUUCCACUCAAUUCAGGGGGGUCUUUCUUUUUACUGAAAGGCAAGCAGGGGAGCAUAAUUUUACCUGAGCCCCUAGAAGUUAUUGCAUCAUUUUAUAUGCCCCAUGAAAGGGGGUCUGGGUCUACAGAAGUUCGAGAUGGCCUGGGUGCCACUGGUUGGGCUUGAAGAGCACAGGGGGAGGGAAUUCUUGGGCCCUAGCCUCAACUUCCUCCAGCACUGGGGGACCUGAGAAGCUGGGCAACCCCACUUGGUAGUGUGGACCCUCUGAGAACCUAUCCAUGACCACCACCCCAUCUCUCCAGCCACAGCUGAAGAAUCUGCCAGAAGUUCGACAGGAAAACAUCAUUCUAGAAGAAACAUAUUCCUUUACAGUGGCUCCUUCCCUGUCUCUUUGUUUGGGGAGAAGGCAAGAAUUUUUAAAUGUCUUUAAAUAUAGAUUCCUAGGUACCAAUGCCAGAGGCUCUGGUCCUGCAGCUGUGAAGGAGGCCCAGGUAUCUGAAUGUUCACACACACACACACACACACACACACACACACACACACACACACACACACAGAGAGAGAGAGAGUUCUCUCUCUCUCUCUCUCUCUCUCUCUCUCUCUCUCUCUCUCUCUCUCCCACUUCCUUUUGGCUUCCUUAUACUUAAACAUUUAUUAUUGGAUGCAGAAGCCACGUUAAAAGGCAAUUCACCCAGAUGAAAAUCUACAAAUGCACUUUGCUUAAUGAAAGUGAAAUAUGCCCACUAUCCCAGGUGAGGUGUUGGCUGCCUGUCAAGCCAAAGGGAAUUAGGGCUAUCCAAAGAUUCUUGCCUCCCUCUCUUUACCACCAUCACUGCCUUCUCCUCCUCCUCCUCCUCCUCCUCCUCCUCCUCCUCCUCCUCCCCCCUCCUCCUCCUCCCCCCCUCCCCUUCCUCCUCCUCCUCCUCCUCCCCCCCUCCUCCUCCCCCCUCCUCCCCUUCCUCCUCCUCCUCCUCCUCCCCCCCUCCUCCUCCCCCCUCCUCCCCUUCCUCCUCCUCCUCCUCCUCCUCCUCCUCCUCCUCCUCCUCCUCCUCCUCCCCUUUCUCUCCUCCUCCUCCCCUUUCUCUCCUCCUCUUCUUCCUCCUCCUCUGGCUUAUGGAUAUAAAAAUUGCUUCCUUUUUAGUUAAUUUCUGGAGAAUUGGGCUGCUAUAGCUGUCAUUCUCUGUUCCAGUUUCUCUUUUCUGGAUAGUGGGUUUCAUGUGCUGACUGACACCAGGAUCCUUUGUAGCCGACCUCCGACCUCCUCUGGAGGACUAUGUUCUUUGUGACUCUUGUUAACCACAGGCCUCAAUGUGACUGUGUUUCUCCUCAUUCGGGCAAUGAUCCUUUCUUGACUGUGUGCAUCACUGGAACAUCUACCCCACUACAUUCAACUUUUAAUGUUUUGGCUUGAUUACUGAAAAGUGGAGACUCAAGCAGUUAAGAAGAGUUAAGCCUAAGUCUUAAGCUAGGGCUUCCUGGGACCCAUUGUAGAAGGGUGGCCAAUGCUUCCUGAUGCCCCUACCUUGAAGGGUCACCACUGAACUUAAGGAAGGGGCUUAUUCUGUGUACUCCUGACGUUAAGAGGAUCCUGGGUCUGGGACAUCAGCACAGCUUGGAGCUUUGAAAAAGUUUAAAGAGGCCCAGCUUCAAUUGUGCAUUUAAAAUCUAUAGAGAUGGAGAAUGUUCUGGUGUCUACCAGCAUAUAACUCAUCUUUUUACACACACACACACACACACACACACACACACACACACACACACACACACACACACAGCACCUACUGUGUACUAGAAACUCUAGUAUAUGCUAUGAGGAUCCUGGUGGAUCAGAUGAUCUCUGCUGAGAUGGCUUGGAGGAGAUGGCAUUAAUUAUGGGACCAGAAAGAAAUGUCCCAGCACAUCUGUAGUCUAGAUAAAUAGUCUGGGAGCUAUAGUAGAUAAAGUUAUGUCUGAAGAUAGUGGCCAUGCAGUCAACCUGUAGUCUUGGAAUACACCCACCCACUCUUUCAUCACAAAGGGGCUCCACUUUCCUCCCUGGACAGACCCAGCAACCAGAAUGCUUGCUGGCCUCAAUUGUUCCAUUCAACAGGGAUGUGUGUUCCUUCCCGUCACUGACUGCAAUACAUUUUAUAAAUCAAAGGGCCAAGGAAGACCAGCAGAAAAGGGAAUCUGGAUUUCAGGCAAAGAAUUUCCCCCCAAGGAGUCCUUGGCAGCCUUGGCUGCAUCCAGGAUGUCCUCUAAGAGUAAUGAUACAUUUACCACGAGCUUAUUAAACGCUGCAACCAUUUUUUUUAAAUGAUGGGGUAGGCAUAUUACCCAUAAACCUCCACUCAUUUCCUCCUUAGCCAUAACACAAAGGUCAAUAGGCCUGAGAUGGGAGACAAGUUACCCUCUUCUCCCUCCGUUUCUUCCUGUCUUCCUUCCUCCCCUUACAUUCUUCCACCUUAUCCACUUCCUCUUCUCCCCGUUUCCCUCCCAACCUCUCAUCUCUCUUCUCUACAUCCCAGUCUCUCUCCCUAUGGCUGUGAUGGAAGUUGGUUCAAGCCCCCUUCCCCUUUAACAGAAAGAACUUUGUGUGCCAAAUAACCAACUAAUCAGAGAAGGCAACACCCUUGCUGCAGUUGUUAAAGAAAAAUAAAGCUACUUUGCGGAGCAGGAGAAGGGACUGAGGAUCUGAAGAUAUUUAGAGUCGCAGGCUGCAUAGCCCCAGAGACUCAUUCACUCUUAGGGACUUCUGGAGAGUAGUGACCGAGUGAAAACCGCGCCCAACAGCAUUCGUGUCUGGGUUAGCACCAGAGUUAGAGGCAUUUCAGAAGCCUGCUGAAGACUGAGUCUAGAAUGCCCAUUCCCUUGCGGUCUACUAAAGUCGUAUUGGUUGGGGCUUUAGGUUUCUCUACCUCUCCUGACACGGAGAUAAUGUCUUCCGAGUGCCCUCAAGUCUCGAUCUCGCGCACAUAAAGUUCAUCCCGCCACCCUUGUUUCAGAGUGAAGAGCUGGACACCUGGGAUGGGCAUCCUGCCUUUUCUGCCUGGUCAGUCCUUUUUUCCUCCACGUUUGCCCCCGAAGUCCCAGGACAGGCAAGCAAGGGACUAGGCGUCUGCCCAAAGAGAACGCAGUCAGUACGCCUCCGUCGCGCUCAGGGCUCGGAAGGGAUGCUUAAGAACUGCCAUGGUGCAUACCCCUUCGACUCAGGAUACCUCCAUCUCCUUCCCUCUGCCCCCUCUCUCGCUCUCUAAGGCCACGCUCCUUCCAGUUUAGACGCUAGAGCUCAGAGAUCCCUUGCUCGCCACUUUGCCGGGAACUUUGGCGGCUCCCCUGCGCCACAAGGAGAAGGAUGUUAAUGAGGGAGUGUGGCCAGGCUCUGUGAACAAGCCAGCUCGGGAGCUGCGAUUGGCUGUGAUAAGGCGGAAGGAUGACGUUAUGCAAAGAAGGGGCGUGUCUAGGCUGCGAGGGCCCCGCCUCCUUCCCUUUGGGGUUAGUGUGCCUGUGUUUAGCUCUGGGGAGAGUCAAACUGGAUUCCACAGGGAGAGCCUGCAAAUCACUUCUAUUUUAGCAAGGAGAAAACAGAAUCUCCAUCCAGCAGGGUCCACCCCUCUCUUUCUCCCUCUCCUCUCUUUUUCUAUCUCUUUCCCUCCCCCCUUCCUCUUUCCCUCUCUCUCCCCUUCCCCCCCCCCCCUCCGGUGUAUCUGUCUACAGCAACCAGCGUCCUCAUCUACACGCACGGAAAGGAAAGAAACAUCUUUGGUUGAGAGAGGAGGAGGAAAAAAGAGAGAGAAAAAAACUUGCCUGGUUGUGGAAAAUGACACUUCAAGUAGCCAAGCCGGCUUCGAGAGUCGUAUCUAUUGUUUCUUAAAUUGUCAUCAGGGUGGUUUUUUUUCUUCCUGCUUCUUCAAGUGAAGGUACCGCUACAAAAGGAAACUCCAGCCCCUCCUGUUCUCCAACGGCCUGUGAUUACUACAAAAAGAAAAAAAAAAAGGCAAAAAAAAAAAAAAAAGCAAAAAAAAAAAAAAAAAAAAAAAAAAAAAAGGAAAAAAAAAGCACCCAAACUCAAAACCAACCAACCAAACAACCCCCAACAGCCAGGCAUAUAUCUCUGUUUUUUCUUAAUUUUGGUCUUUUCGUUGGAUUUUCCCUUUCUUUUUUUUUCCCCUCGCCCCCCUCCUUGUUAUCGCUCAGUUUUGAGCGAAGGUUUACAUUUUUAAAAAUUUUGCUUUUCAGCCCGCCUUGAUGUAGCGCGAGUCUCAUCGACUCAAAAAAAAAAAAAAAAAUCUGUGGUUGGCGUUUUUUUUUUUUUUUCCUUUUUUUUUUUUUCAAAUAUUUUCAAAGGGGAGGAGAUUUUUCCACAAGAAAAGGUUGUUUUCAUGUUUGGGAUCCAGGAAAGCAUCCAACGGAGUGGAAGCAGUAUGAAGGAAGAGCCGCUGGGCAGCGGCAUGAACGCGGUGCGGACGUGGAUGCAGGGCGCCGGGGUGCUGGACGCCAACACAGCGGCGCAGAGCGGGGUGGGUCUGGCCCGGGCUCACUUUGAGAAGCAGCCGCCUUCUAACCUGCGGAAAUCCAACUUCUUCCACUUCGUCCUGGCCCUCUACGACAGACAGGGCCAGCCCGUGGAGAUUGAGAGGACGGCCUUUGUGGGGUUCGUGGAGAAGGAAAAAGAAGCCAACAGCGAAAAGACCAAUAAUGGGAUCCACUACCGGCUCCAGCUCCUCUACAGCAAUGGGAUACGGACAGAACAGGAUUUCUAUGUGCGCCUCAUCGACUCCAUGACAAAACAAGCCAUAGUGUAUGAAGGCCAAGACAAGAACCCUGAAAUGUGCCGAGUAUUGCUCACACACGAGAUCAUGUGCAGCCGCUGUUGUGACAAGAAAAGCUGUGGCAACCGAAAUGAGACUCCCUCAGAUCCAGUGAUAAUUGACAGAAAUUUAAAAGCUGGAUGGGGUAAGGAGACAAAGGCCCUGAAUCCUAGCAAGCUGGAAGCUAAGGCAGGGGAACAUGAGCGUGAAACACACACAGAGAGGCCCUGCCUCGAAAAUGAAAAGCAGGACACACCAAGACAGAUGGCAAGGUAUGUGUUUACUGUCACAGGAGUUUAUGAAUGGCCACAGUUCCAGGAAAGACUCUCUGGACUGGGGUUCCCUCCCACGGUGGCUUAUGCAUCAGGGCUGUGGGCACAUGCCUGUAACCCUAUGAGGGCUCUCCCAGCUGUCAGGUGUCACCAGAACAAGGCACCUGGCUCCCCAGGAGCAAACUGGAAAGAAACUGAAGUGCCUUCUGACCCAGCCUUGAGGUUUCAUGUUGGAGUCAGUUCUUUUGCUCAUCAGCAAAUUCUCGUCCAGCUCCCUUCAGUGGGCAGUUGAGUCUCUCUGAAGUUGGCAUGCAACUUAAAGAACUUAGAGGACACACUUUGAAACCAUCAUGAAACUACUCCCACCCCCCAAGUCUUUAAAAUAUUUUUUUUCUGGUUUGUGUUCAGUUUAGAAAUCUAAAAUGUUAAUGUAAUUAUUUUUAAUUAAUUACAUGUUUAUUAAUCAUUUCUUUAAAAAUUUGUUCUUAUUUUUCUGUAUUUGCUUUGUGCAUAUGUGUGCCUUAGUGUCCCAGAACAGAGUCCAGAAGACAACUGGAAAGAGUUCAGGCCCCCGUCCCGAACCAUGUGGGUCCCAGAGUUCUAACUGAGGUUAUCAGUCUUGGUGGUGAGUGUCUUUACCUGCUGAGACAUCUACCCAACUUAGCUUUUGUUGUUUUGUAGCCCAAACCGACCUGGAAUUCACACCGUACUGCUGAAAUGGCUCUGAAUUUGUGGGAAUCCUGCCUCAGUCUCUCAUGUGAUUUGGUGCUUGGCUCACCCUUUUUGUUUAUGCUUAGUAAGUCCUUCCCUUUCCCAGGGUCACAUAAAUAUUCAUCUGUAUAUAUUAUAUAUGUAUGUGCAUAUAUAAUGCACCCACUUUCUCUGCUCUUUCACUUUCCCAUGUAGCUGUAUUGCUAUUUCUAGAAUGCAUUUUUACCGUGUGCCAUUAUACAAUAUCAAUCAAUUAUUUUUUCCAAACAAUUAACAUUUAUUUUAGUGGCAGUUUUGAAUCAGCUUGAGUUUUCCUGACAACUUACGAUGCCUUCUUCAUUAUCAAUAAAUGCGGCAUGGAUCGUCAGUGAUCCAGUGCUCUGGUGCUGGUUGGCCAAGAGCUGCUGCUCUGAGCUCCCCAGCUUCUUUUCUUCUGGAGUUCGCCUCCUCCUUAUCAGCCAAAGGGCAUGUGCUUGCUGCUGGGUCCCUCAGAAUGGAACUCCAAGGACACAGGGGAUAUCAGUUUUGCUAUUUUGAAUGCUGACCCCCCCAGCCAAGACUAUACAGAUUCAUUUGCCUGGUCAGAUUUCCUUACCGAAUGCUUUGAAUUCCUAUGGCUAUAUAGGAUGUCUAAUUCUGUAACCUUCUCAUUUUAAUACAGCAAUUGCUUAUUUAUUCGUUCACAUGGACAAUAAAACCACCUAUUAGCCUCAGAGGACUCCUAGACACUGAGUAAAAUUAUGUUGAAGACUGAAAAGGUUGGGAGGCAGAGGCAGGAGGAUUUCUGAGUUUGAGGCCAGCCUGGUCUACAGAGCAAGUUCCAUGAAAGCCAGGGCUACACAGAGAAACUCUGUCUCAAAAACCACACCCCCUCCCCCCAUGGGGGGGGGGGAAGAUUGAAAACUUUGAUAUCUAUAGCAUAUUGAAAAAAAACCCAUUUAUUUAAAUCUUUGAUAUUCUUCUUGAAGAGAGUUUUCUUAUAGUUUUGGUUCCACGUAUUCACCUCUUUAGUAUUAGGAAUAUUUUUUUUUAAAAUAAAAUAUUGGCAAUGUGACUACUGCUUGUUUAUUGUUCAGAUUUUUUUAAAUAUUCAGGGAUUCAUUGAGGUAGUGGUUUUCUAAGCUUCAGAAAAUGCCAAUCUAUUAAAAUAUUUUACAUAUCCCUUCCUUCCUCCUUCUUGGAUUUCCAGUUACCCUGAUCUGAAGAGUUAAGAGUCUAGUUUCAUUCUGACAAGGUCUAAGUGACACUGAAGGCAGAUAUGCCAGUCAAAAGGACAAUCACAGGUUGAUAUUCAAAACACUGGCCUUAAAAUGUCCUUUUCUUAUGAAUAUUCCUUUUUUGUUUUUUGUUUUUGUUUUGUUUUGUUUUGUUUUUCGAAUAUUCCUUCUUCAAACGUCAAUGACAAAUGGCAUUGACUGCCGGGCGGGUGAUGGGGGUGGCGGAGUGUUCUCGGUUUCUAACUGAAUGCUUUGGGAACAGUGUUUCUAACCCCCAUAAUAUGCUCUCUUUGCGAAGCUUAUGCCAGGGCAUGCCAGAGCCUUCUCUUUCUGUUAUAAAAAUAACCAGGUGACUGUUACCAAAGCAAUCCCUCCCGCCCGCAGGAUGUGUAUGUUAACCUGUCUGUGGGCUGGGGAUGUGCGCUGAGAGCAAGAGGCCUAUGAUUCAGGUAAUAACAUUAGUCUAUGAAAAACACGCUGCCUUUGCCUUGAUGCUAAUCAGGAAGCCAUCAGACAGUCUUCCCUGACUGAUGAAGGGCAGGAAGGAAAGGUAGUCGGCUGUCCUCCUGUUUUUGAAGAAGAAGAAAAAAAGGGCGAGGUGAAUUGAAGUCUGUGAUAGGACUCUCCCUCACCCGGAGCCUCCUGAACGUAAAGGUGUGGUAUUCCAAUCAGAACGGCCAACCGGAAGCAUCUGAUUUGCAUGUAUUAACAGGGGCGGGUCGCAGCCUCCUGACAGGUCAAAGCACCACUGGGGAAUUGAAGGAAACUUUGAUUCCUCUGCUUUUGCUCCUCUGCCAGGCUGCAGUCACGCUGUUCUAUUGUAAAAGAGGGUCCAGGACUCAGAAAGCCAAGCUUGUCAUUUAAAUUCACCCACGUUAGGACACCACCGAGCUCUGUCAGAUGUCGUUCUCAAUGCAGCGGGACAAUGUUUUUCAACCCCUUCGCCUGGAAACACAGAGGCCUGGAUCAAGGGGGAGGGGCAGCUCACUGGGCUUGCAGGAUUUUUACAAAGGCAAGAUUGAAAAUUUUCAUUUCAGGCAGGUUUUCUUUUUCCUUUACCUCUCUCUCUCUUCUUUCUUCCCCACCCCCCUCUCUUUCUUUCUGUCUGUCCGUCUUUCCCCCUUUAAAAUAUAUGUAAAGAAUCUCACCAUAAAAGGAGAGUGCCAAAAAACUUCUAUGGCUUGCAAAGACUGCUUCAGGAGAGGCUGCAAGGGAUGCUGGUAUUUUUUCUACAUCAGAGGUAAUGGCUGUUUGCUAGUCAUUUGCUUGGACAAAUACUGGUUGGCUUUAAGGGAACUGCUGAUUUUUUUUUUUUAUCAGAAGAACCAUUCAUGGUAGGAUAUAAAGAAUAGCAGAGACUUCCUGAUAACAUCUCUGAUGCCCACACCUAGUGAAAAUAAGAUACACAUUGUCAACCUUGUGCUGAGUUGGGGUGUCCUCCUCAGUGAGGGGUGCUGGCAUGGCCUGACCUGGGCUGAGGCAAAGAACCUACUCAGCUGAGGAGGGAGUCCUACCAUGGCGGCUGCAGGGCCACAUUGUUCUUUUAUUUAAACCAUGGUUAGUAAACAUCUGUGAGGUAAGAGUUCUAGGAGUUUAAUACCCUCAGUGAGCACUUACUAUCUCUCUGUUUCUCAACUGUAUAUUCACCAAUGUCCAAAAGGCCAAAUACUUCAUCAGGCCUUAUGGACCCAAGUUGCACCAGGAUAGAUGUGGCUGUUGCUGUCUCAGAACUUCUUACUCGAGAUUUUUAUCUUGUGGCUUGAUCUCGUCUAUUUGAAGCCUUAUUCAUGUUUAUUUAGCUUUUUCUUUGCACCACAUCGUUUUGUAUUACGAUAUCUUAUAGACAGACCAGGGAGUUUCCUUAUCAACCGAUUGGCUAGAAAGGAUGUGGAAACUUGCUAUGCCUUAUUGUGUGAAAUGGGGUUAUCAUCGCGGGGUGCUUUCUGCAGAGAGGCUGGCAUAGGGCACUCAUGUUGCACCCUGGAGAUACUGGCGUUUCUCAUUAACAGGAGUGGUACAGGCAUGAGAAGUGAUGAGUAUGUGCUCGGCACCUUGAACCUUCUAGCUGAUUCCAUUGGACUUGGUAUAUGGUAUUUUGAAAUUUCUUUCUUUUAGCAAGCAUUGUAUCAGAGAAUAGAUUAUUGUUUGGAUGGCUGAAGAUAAAUUGGAAAACUCGGGUCAUGAUUUGAAAGAAAUUCUUAAAAGCUCUUUGAGGAAGGAAUAUCUGGAAGUGUGUGUGGAAGUGUGUGUCUAAUAAAACAAGUCCGAAGUUACAUUUCUAGUUAUAUCAUGGUCUGAGAAACCUCUUGCUUUUCUUUUAGCACACACAUCUCUCUCAGAGGCAUGGACUCUCAUAAAACAAGACCAUUAAUCUGCAUGUCUUGAGGAAAUUGUAUUAUUGGAAUUGGUCUGGAAAGGUAUCAUUCCUUUGUGGUAUCUCACCGAAGUAUUAGAUUCCUUGGUAGCAUAAAAUUAUGAAGGAGAGUGCAGCUAGAGUUUGACCCGAUUCCAAAUCUUAGCCUUGUUAUUUAUUAGCUUUGAGGCCUUCAAUGUGCUUUUAACUCUCUCUCUCUCUCUCUCUCACACACACACACACACACACACACAAACACAACUUAUACACACAUACACGAAUAUAUAUAUGUACAUGCACACACAUAUACAUGUAUGCAUAUAAUCAAAUACAUGUACUUAUGUAUGUACGCAUAUAUGUAUACUUGUAUGUGUAUACAAGCACACAUACAUUUACAGAUACAUGGGCACACACAUAUGUAUACACUAACACAUAAGGACAUAUGCAUAUGCACGUAGAUACAUACAAAUAUGGACACAAAUGCUGAUUUAUUAAUUAAAUUCAGUGUCUACCACCUCCAAGCAGGAGUUUGCAGCAUAUAAAUAGCAAAUAAAACCAGUAAGUAUUUGUCGUUCCUAAAUUAAUGAAGAGAUGGAUGAUGGAUGGAUGGUUAUUAUUACAGUUAACCCCCUUCAGAUAUUUCAUAAUUAAGCAUCAUCCUGUUCUUUCUUUUCGUUUUGGUUGCUGCCUAAACCUACAGUACCUAUGAACCUCUCCAGUGCAGGCAACACUCAUUCCAUGAGGGUAUAAUUAGCCAGCAGAGAUCUGUCCUAGAAAAACCAUCAACUGCAAUCAGAAAUCCUGUGUCUCUCAGGGAAAGGUGGUGACUGAGAUGGGACUCCAUCAUUUUACAUGGCUUCCAAAGAUGAGCAGCAGAGAGUUUGCAGGAGUUUUCUGAAACAUCAGAACAGGGUAGGAUGGGUUCAUUUGCAAGUCUAACCCUUGCUUGCACGGGUUGAAAUUGGCUUGAAACCAAUUUGACCUCAUGUGAAACCCUGGCUGUUUUGUGCUGGACAAAACAAUGUGGCUUGGCUACUGGUGAUACCAAACAGGGAGGGCUGAAGUUUUAUGCUGUUGACUGAGACCUGAGUUUGAAUCUUACCUCUGCCAAUUACUGGAUAUAAGGUCUAAAGUUGAUAUAAAUGCAUUCCAGUUACUUCUCUGCAGUGCCCGCUCCCCUCUGAGGAUUGCAGGAUAAAAAUAGACCCGGCACACACCGGCCUGUGUUGAUUCAGGUUAUUUCCCCCUUAGUAGUAAUUCAGUUUCCUUUUAUGUGUAUUCAAGGCUCCACAAGUCCUAGUGAAAAAUGGUCUGAGGAAUGAGUAGGCAAGAAGUGCAGAGUGUCUCCAUCUUGGACUUGUGCUCAUAGGUUGGUGUCCAGAAAGAGUGUUCAGUGCUUCCUAGUCACAGACACAGAGAGACUGUCCAAGAGGUUAGCGGGCCAUACGACCUCUGCGCCUGCCACACUCUUACCAGCCUGCACUGGCUUGGCAGGAAGCUUGAGGUUGCUGAAGUAAACCCCCUAUUUCUCUUUAGGCCUGAACAGACACCAGUAAUCAUUAUCAAACAGAUCAAACAGCACCCUCUUGUUAAGUAGGGGCCACCCUGAAGAACAAUUCCUCACACGCGAUGGUUUAUCCAUUUUCACGGGGCCAACUCACAAAGGCAAAUGAAUUAAAAGCAAUUUGGAGUUGCAUUCAGUAUUCUCAAGGCAAAAAGCGGCCUCCAGCAUCUUUGCUGAGAGUCUUGGAAAUCCGUGUCUUCGACAAGCCAGUCUCUCUGGCCUCGGUGAUCGGCUUCUAUUCAACCCGUGAUUUAACUGGAUUGAUCGGAAGUAAGUCCUGAACUCUAAAGGAGGGUCCUCAGCUGGCAGCCCCGAGGCUGUGCCCUGCUCUGCCCCAUGACUAUGUGAGCGUUUACAGAUGAGGUAGGAACCGAAAGUGGCAAACAGAACAGCCUGAGAAAAUGAUGGUCAAUCGAGUAGAAAAGUCCACUAUUUGCAUCAGUACAAUAAUACACAGGCACACAAGAUUUUCAGUUCCUCAAACCCGAGGAGUGGCCAAACAGUACCGUGUGAAGUCUGACAUCCUGCUAUACAUAUAUAUGUUGGGCAGGCUGGAAAAAUAUAGUAAAAUCCCCUCUUGUGUGAGGGGACCUCUGCAUAGUUCUCCCUAAUUAUGGAGGCUGCUGCUCUCUCCUCUUCUUUUUGUUUUCCCCUUCAUUUUUGCCCUUGCCUUCUUCUCUUUCCCUCCCCUCCCCUUUCUCGUCCAUUUUCUUGUGAUUUCAGGUUGUUAGUAAACUCAAUUAUGAAAUCCUAGCUUUAAAGUCAGCUCAGGGGGCAGCAAGAUGGACCAGGUGGUAAGGGCAGUGACUUGAGUAUCUUCCCUGGAAUCCACAUGGUGGGAGGGUAGAAGUGGUUCUUAAAAGUUGUUCUUGGAACCUCCAGACUUGUGCCAUGAAUGGCAACAGGGAUGCCUCUGCUCCCCACAUUCCCAACACAAUCAAGAGACGAUGAAAACAUUUCAGUAAGAUCUAAGGCUACACUACGUGACUUUAGGCAUCCUCAGCACAUGUUAAUCCCUCCCGUUGUCCCCAUCCACUCUCCUAAACCUUAAGAUGCCCAGCUCUUAUAAAACUUUGAAGUUCUCACUCUCUAAUACACAGAACAUUAACAAUCCUUAAAGACAAUGAAGGAAACCUGUGGCUGGCUUCUUAUCUUUCUCAAGGUAAGAGGUUUGACUAUUCUCUUCAAAGCUUUCCUCCUCCUCCUCCUCCUCCUCCUCCUCCUCCUCCUCCUCCUCCUCCUCCUCCUCCUCCAUUCCUUUCCUCCAGUUGAAAAUAUAGAGCAAGACAGAAGUGGCCUUGCAGAGAUUUGAACUUGUGACUCAAAGCACUGAUUUCAUGCAAGAGACCCAUGAUGUCUGGGCUGGGAGAUCAAAGCCCUUGGUUUUGGCCUCACAGCUUCUGCUGUUUCUUUCUGGUACAGGAUGAGGGUUUAUGUCUUUAUUUAUCUAUGGGGCUAGCAGAAUCCCAGUCUGUCGUAAUGGUAAAUAAAACGUGUUGGAGUUACUAUGGAGAAGAAAGGAGCAAUUACAACUGCUUAAAACAGUAUUAAAAUAUACUUAAGCAGAGGUUUGCCACGUAAACACACAAUUAAAGCAGGAAUUUGUGAUGGAUGCAGGAGUUUGACGGUCCCAGACAUACUGUUUACUGGGGUAGUUAGCAGAUGGAUACGUCAACUGAUCCCAGAUGUGCAGCCUUUAAAUGGGAACACACAUCUUACUGGUGAUGUAUGCCUGCAAGUAGCAACAAAUUACUUUCUGUUUAACUCUUACCUAUUGAAUGCAGAGCUAUGUAGUACUCAGUGGAUAUAUAUAUAUAUAUAUAUAUAUGUAUAUAUAUAUAUAUACACAUAUAUAUAUAUACAUAUAUAUAUAAUUUCCUUAUUCAAAAGUGGUAAUUGAAUAUCUGAAUAUCUAGAAAAAAAGAAGUUUUGUGCAAGUCAUUUUAAAAGAACAGAUUGAAGUAGGUUCACUUUUCUCUUUUAAGUCCAGAUAUCUGAUCCUUCUAUCCCCAGCUACAGUGUUCAGAUAUUUGCAGCCAAUUAAUUCUUAGGAAAUUGAAUCUGAACUGAAUUAAUUUUUUCCUUUUAGGGCAGAUGAAGCAACUUUUAGGUAAGGAGAGGGAAAAAAAUGAAAACAGCUUUUGUGGCACAUAAUUCAUACAACUAAUGAAAAGUGUGAUAUCACUGUCCUUUCGAAUAAAACAAUAACAAAACACCAAGCCACAGAAAGGCGCUGUAUUGUUGUAUUUGCUGUUUAAAUAAUUUAGCUGCAAAAAGUCUGAAGGCUGCUUUAGCUGUAAUUAAUUAUUCAUUAAUGACAUGCUAAUUGCACAAUACCUUUGAAUAUUUAACAGAAUGCAAAAAGCCAGGCUCUGAAGUUAUGUUUUAAUGCAAGGGAGGGAGGGGAAAUCCUGUAGUCCAUCAGUGUAGGACACUGCAUGACAAAAAAAAAAAAAAUCUUUUUUUUUCCAGAUAUGAGGUAAAGUAGGAGUAAUGCCCUACUUUCCAGCUACCCUCCCUGUCCAGUCACCCUUUGUGUCAUAGAAUAUAAUGUCCUUAUCUAGACUUAACAAUUGACAGGGUGGUAAAUCCCUUGACUUUUGUCCAAAUGAUUUCUCUACAAAAAUGGGUUAAUUAUCGCCUUUCCCUAGCUUUUUGACUAACAAAAGGCCUUGGAUCUCUUUUUUCUUUUCUUUCCUAUUUACUGUAAGGAGCCCUUUGAAAUGUGAUAGUUUAAUCGGCAACACCUUCUGCAGAGGGAUACUGAGAAGCCAGCCUGGCCCAGCCUGGAGCUCAGGUUCCUGUGUGAACAUUACCACGGUUAGAAGAUAUGACCUUCAUUAUGCCAAAGCCAUCCUGGACUUUCAGGAUGAAAAAGAAAGAAAGAAAGAAAGGAAAAAAAAAAACCAAACCAAAAAAUCUCCCCCAGUGCUCCAGAGUGGACUUCUUUUUUUUUCCUUGAAUAAAGGAUGGCGGUUUUUAAAACAGUGUCUUUUGGUGGACAGGACGGCUAAAGGGCAGCUGGAUUGAGUUGGCUUAGUUGUGUUUCAUUAAUUCCCUCCGAGACCUGGUGCUUGCAUCUCACUGCACUCUGUGCCUGUUGGGAAGCUGUGUUUAUCUGCAAGCCAGGGACAGUUUUGGUAGUGGCUAAGCAGAGAACAAGACUCCGCUCCCCAACUUGUUUUUAUUUGUCUUGGUCCAAACCAGAGAGGCACCAGCCCCUAAUUUAGUGCCCAGCAGUGAGCUGUGUGGCAGCUUGUCUUUGUGGUUGAGACUCUAUUUCAUGCACUAGGGCCUACUUAGUCAUAGUUUGCAUUUCACUCCCAUUACUAUUAAUGGCAUUUAGGAAUGCACAUUGGCGGGAAGAAGACCACAUUGAAUGAGUAUAUUAUGGGAGAGAUGAGGAAUUAGCAUACUCAUGUCUGGUCUAUGAUAGAUUUUACUGUGGCCUGGAAGAUUUAGCAAUUAAGUGAGAAAUCCCCAUUACAAACGUGCACCUGCUAGAAACAAGACAAAGAGCAACAAACCCCAGAAUGUAAAGGAACAACAUUGCCUAAGGUUGACACCUAAUUCCCCCUCUUGUCUUUAUAAUAUUCUAUCAUUUGGGAAAUGUUACAUCUGCUCAUAGCUGUUGUUAAACAGGGCAAUGUAAAAAUCCAGUGCCUGAGUGAUAAAUGAAUGACAGGGGAAGGCAGACCCGGCCAAAAGUGUGUCAGGGUCAAAAGUGUAUUUAUAGUCGACUUGGGAAGUCACAGCUCACUAAGUGAAAAGAGAAAUGAUGUAAAAGUCCGGUCUCAUCUGGCAAUAUGUGAAUCAAAGCAUGGGUGAUUGCACAGCGGCAAGCCACACACAGGGUUCAGUUGACAGAUGCGUUUUCUUGGCUUAAAUGUCUAAGUUUGGAUUAAUAUUUUAGAAUUGGAAGAUUUGUGUUAAGAUCCAAUAGCCAACUUCUCUCAGAACAUCAGGAAGUCCAGAAACUGAAGCUUCAGUUUUAUCCUUCAGUUUCUGUUCCAUCCUGGUGACAACUGGCAGGUGCUUGGGUACCAGGGACUUUUCUCUGCAGUUGGCUUGUACCUGCCUGUGCCUAUAGUUGGAAGAUGGGAAUCAGAGGUAUGAGUGUGAGUUGGAAUGAGAAGAGAAGGGUUGCCUUAUAGACAAGCUCCUCUAGUGGACCCCACACUCUUCCAUGAUGUUGAGCUAUGACAAGAUUUCAGAGGCUUUGGGUCACUCAUUGAUGUCCUCCUCUUCCUCAUACUGAAAGAUGUCACCUAUGGUUGUCAUCUCCCAGGCUAUCAAGAAAUUAGUCCUUUGCCUUCCUCAUGGUUCUCAGAUCAGUGCCAAUUUCACCAAUGUGACUUAUUGUGAUUCUUUGUAUAUCUCAAAAUAGUGCCUUCCUGUGACUAAGGUACUGGGCACUUUCCAUAGGAAUCAAGGGAUGAUGGGUUUCUUUUGUUUGUUUGUUUGUUUGGGUGGUUUUUGGUUCCAUCAAGGCUGGACUCAGUAGCAGUCAAUGAAUAGCCCCAGACUGUGAUAGGAGAAUGUCUCUGUGAGCAAAAUUUUGUUGAGAAAUAUUAGUAUGGAGAAUUCCCAGUUUCUAUUGACUCCUGGCUCGGGGCUUCCAGCCUCUACUGCUUACUUCACAUUGGGAAUACUCAUUAAGAAUGAAUGAAUGAUGGAGGUACCCAAAGCCACACUCCCUCCAUAGUCCUGAGGUGAAUGGCAGUCUUGAAGUGGGCAGGAAUGUCAAGAGAAGCCAAUUUCAUGAGUCUUAUUUAGAGAUCUUCAGGCCAGGAAAGAGACAAGCGUCAACAAUCCAUGUCUCCUUUACUCACACCCUGUAGAGGAUAGCCUGGAAUUUUCCAUGUUACUGAAGAGUGAUGGGGAAACAUCUGGGACCAGGCACCCUCAUACACCUCUGGGAAUUGCUUAAAAGUGGUGCAACAUGAAUCUCCCAAGUGGAAAAUGGUGUUGUGCAGGAGAGAGGCUCAAACAUGACUGAGCACAAGAACGCUUCCUCCCCCUUCAGGUCUGGAUUGAACUGGAGACUGGGAUUGCCAAGAAUAGAUCUGCUCUCCUAAUCUACUGUGGGAUGGAUGUCUAACCUGUGAGAAGUAGAAUGUGGGAUUCUUGGAUCAGGGUGGGGAGACUCCACAUGAUUUAAGAUCUGUUCUCCGAUUGGACAGCCAAGUCUAGAUUGGAUAGGUUUUAUUUUAUUUUAUUUUAUUUUAUUUUAUUUUAUUUUAUUUUAUUUUUGCCAGCUAAGAAAUUGCUUGCUGGUGAUGGGCUGUUUUGGAAAAUGCUUCAACAUAGUCCUCUGCUGGUCUCUGUGCUUCUCCCUCUUGACAGUGUUUCAUAACAGCAGGAGUAGUGAGUGUGUGUGUUCAGCAGGGAAUGAAGGCCAUAGAGGACUUGAACCUGCUCAGGAUGAUUUUGUGAACUGAUAAGAGGCAGGGGAUUGUGGGAGAGGUGAUAGGCCGUCAUCAGCAUACAGAAUAAGUUGAGGAAUUCUUUCUGAUGGUAAGGACUGUAGGAGAUGGUAUAUGGUGUUAGCUAGCAUUCUCUUGUCCACACGGAAGAAAGUCCCAGAAGACUGAUAUAAAAAAGUGUGUGUGUGUGUGUGUGUGUGUGUGUGUGUGUGAAGACACUGGCAUUUCUGAAAGAUGUCCCAUGACUGACUCCUGUUGCAAAUGUGCCUUUUACCACGGCAAGGUGAUAAAAUGCCACGACCCAAUGCCAGAGUACAAUUAAGGGCCUGUGGGAUAGAGCAGGCAGCCACUCCACACUGGAGAGUUUUCAUUGUAUAAUUAAAGUGAGCAGAGGGGCGGGAGGCAGGGAAUACACUGAAGGAGAAGAAGCAAUGGCUGAGGCAUAUUCAGACAUGACAUUUACAGAUGUCGAUAGCCAUCAGGAGCUUGGCUCCUCUGCCCACGAAGACAAGAAUGUCACAUGUCAGUCAAAGGCAGAGCUGCUUAGCAGGGCUGGCUGGAGUGUGAAAGGAACAAUGUGUGUGGGGUGUCUGUUUGGCUCACAGUGGUCCCACCUUGGGCCUUAAUUGUGCUUCCUUUGUGUUGGUAGUGUCCACGUCCAGAUUUCUGAUGAAUUCAGAGAGAUAGCAGCUAGCGCGAAGUGUAUCCUUCCCUUUCAAGCAGGGAUUCUAGGCCAUGCAUAAUCCUAGGGGAGGGGCUAAAAAUAACACACCUGAGAAGCAGCGAGACUUCUUCCUGAGAACCUUUUUAGGCAGUCUGGGCUCUUACAGAGUACACUUGUACAAUGGCCCUGUCAGUGUGGUGUACGUCUCCUUAAGCCCUCUUAGUGGAUACCACUUCACCAGGGCCUUUGCCGUUCUAUUUUUAUGAGGAGGUAAACCCGUCUCCUUGUCCUUCGGCUGUGCAGCUGCCAUUGGCCUGCCCUCGGGCCUCUCCUGACAUCACAUAGGCAAAGCAGUUGUGUGAGAAAAUUCCAGAACACCCCGAGCAAAGAAAGGAACAAGGUCUUCUUUAUCUAGCCCCUGAAAAUGUCAACGCUCAGACACCUCUCCUCGCCCCAUGGCACAGGACACUGGAUGGUGUGUGUUCCCUAGACUGGCUGUCACGUUGGGUUCCUGGACAGUUCUUCGGAGUCACACACACCCUCUAGGAAUGGAGGAUUUGUAUUUUCAGUGAGUGUUAGAGGUGCUUUUGAAUAUGUUACUCUUUUUCUUUUUUUUUAAAUCACAGUUCUGGGAACCACUCUGCCACAAACCAGUGUGCUGGAUGAGCAAACCAAACUGGGCUUGGCUUCAGUUAGCAAGGAUGCUUCAGCAGCUCACAGAGGGAACUUUGCAAGUUAGCUGCUCGAUGUCGGCACUCUCACCCAUUCCUACAUAUUCCUAUGGAAAUAAUUUUCCAUCCAAGUUAUCUUCUUUAUUCUAAGGCAUUCACUUGUCUCUGUACUUGGCACUUACUAGUCUGGGUGCGUGCACAUGUGCAUACACAGAGGUCUGAGUUCGAUGCUGAAUGUCCAUCUUAAACUGUUCUCCACUUUUGCAUUUUGAGAAAGGAUUCUCCCUAAAUGAGAAGCUCAGUGAUUCAGCCAGGCUGACUAGGCAGUGAGUUUCAGGGAUUUGUCUGUCUCCACUGCCCCUGUUCUGAGUACUGUGGUUAGCAUUUGGCUUUUUACAUAGGUUCUGGGGAUCGGAACUCAUGCUUUUGGGGAACCCACUUCAGUAAUCGAUCCAUCUUCCUGGCCUUAUUUCUUUACUUCCUUGUUUGUUUGUUCACUUGUUUCUUUGUUUAUUAUUUUUGAGGUAGGGUCUCACUUAAGCCUAAACUGACCUUGAACUGACCCUAUAGCCCAUCAUGACCUAGAACUCCUGAUGCCCAUGUCUCUACCUCUGGGACGUUGGCAUUACAGAUGUGUACCUGAACAUUUGGUUUUUAUCCAGUUCUUUACUCUCAGAGCUUUGCUCUGCCUUCAAUACUCCCCCCUUUACAAUUUCUCCUGGCUGCACCCUUCUGUGUCCUCCUUAAACUUCAGAGCUCUAGAUCUCCAUGGCAGAGAUUAAUAAUGGAUGAAUUUCCAAAAGUUUUGUUUCUUGCUCACACAGAUCAGUGACUAAUGGCUGCCUGGGGUGUUCUCUGGGAAGUGCUGGAUGACAGUCUGUGUUCCCUGCAAAUGAGUGUGAUGAUAGAGAGGGAGGCGGAGGCCCGCUCAUGCCUUCCCAUUCAGGAGGGAGGGGUGCUGCUGAGCAUCCUGAACAUUCCACUCUUGGUGUUUUGAGAUCAUGUCUGCUACAGCUUGUGAGAGACUUGGCUGUGGUGACUUGAUUGACAGGAUACACACAGCAUCUGUGAUGCAAGGACUAUUGUAGGGCUACUCCUGGUUCCCAUUUCAGCUGAAAUGUUAGCGGUGUUUCAAAGGUGCAUGUCCUUGUAACAGACUUGGGGAAAGGACACGCCACAGUCUCUCCUGGGUCCCAGGUUGCUUCUAGAAGGAGGUCUACAAUGUGGGGGUUAUGAGCUAUCUGUGCUGUUUACAAGGUUUGAUGGAGAGGUUUGGAACUAACCAGGGAUGCAUCUUACAACCUAGUUCACAGCUCGAAUUAACUACUUAUUUCUGUAAUGGUUUAAUAGCUGUCUGUCUGGCUAGACUGUAAGCAGUUGGCAAGCAUAGGUUCCCAUCUCUUCAGCACCCUGCCCUCUGAAUCUAACAGAGUGCUCACGCAUGGUUCAAGUCUGUAAAAAUCUGCCAAGCAGCAAGCUAAUGGACCUAAAGACUCUUUUAGGCCUUGAAGUCACCCGUGAAAGUUCCCUAAAGGCUAUCUAGUUAGAUUGAUGACGGUUCUAUGUGUCAUUCUGGCCACCUUUUGCAUUAAUCUGACCCCUUGAAAGACAGGGGUUCAAUCUGUCGGCUGCCAGCCCUGUGUUCUUCUUUGAGUCACCAUUUGUCUUUCCAGUCAGCUAUGUGCACAGUCUUUCUCCCUCUCCCUUUCUGUGUCUAUUUCUAUCUCUGUCUCUCUGACUCUGUCUCUCUGUCUGUCUGUCUGUCUGUCCGUCUUUCUCUCUCUCUGUGUCUAUUUAUCACUGUGUAUUUCUCUGUGAGUGUGUCUAUUUUUCUCUCUGUAUGUCUGUGUGUCUGUCUAUUCUCUAUCUCUCUAUUUCUCUCUGUCUCUCUGUCUCUCUGUCUCUCUGUCUCUCUCUCUCUCUCUGUGUGUGUGUGUGUGUCUAUUUCUCUGUAUCUGAUUCUCUGUCUGUCUGUCUCGUUCUGCCCCCCUUCCCCUUUCCUGUCCUCUCUUCUUUCCCCCCUCCCCUUCUUACAUCAUUGCAUUCUCGUGAAAACCCUUUGCUUUCAGUGUUAUUUCUAGCAUCCCCAUCUGGAGACAGCAUUUCUGGAUCAUCACAGCCACAGGACAGAAGCCCUCUCGGUAUUUCUCCCUGUGGUGGAUUAACUGGCUCCCUGUUUCCUCAUAUUUGAGUAACCUCUGUUAGGAACUCCUGGCAACUGGGAACCUAGCCACACCUUUCCAAUCCCGGGGUUCCUGAGUUACAAUUUUCAUGGGUUGGGGGCUCACCAUGUGUUCAGACCUGCACUGUCUUUUCUGUGUGUCACUCUGACUGUUGAUGGUACCUUUACCUUCCAAAUAAAGACACUGAGCAUUGAAAUGUGGGAUAAUAUGGAAAAUUGCACAGACAGAUAUACAUAUAUAGAGAAAUGUUUUUUAAAGAACAUUUAUAAAACUGCUCUAUGGUAACCUUUAAGACACAUCAAACAUAAAACCAUCAACUAGAUACCAAGAGCCCUUGGUCUGCAACCAAAUCAUCUUGUGUUCAAAUAGAAGUUCUAUCACUGAUUGCUCAAGCAAUCUUAUGCAAGCCCCAGAUCUGAACUACCCACUCCUUACUGUUUAACCAAACCUCUCCUAUUAAUGUGCUUCCUAAAAGGUGGGUGUUUGGAAUGAGUCUGUGAUUCACAACAAGCUGAGGUGUAAGUACUUACAGAAAGCCAUUCAAGCAGGGAUCCCACAUUCAACCUUUUUAUUUUCUGUCCGCCCCAGAAUAGCCCAUUGCAACCAAUAGCAGAUGUGUGUUCAGUUCUAGCUUAACCUUAAUGUAGUCUUCAAGGUGGUUGGCAUUUUCAGUUAAGCUCUGCUCAGUUAAAUGGGACUUCUCACUAAACUGAAAGGAGAUACCUCCUGUCCACAUGUCUCACAGGUAAUGGUUAUAAGUCAUAUUGAGCCUAGGUACCCAGUGUAGCCAUCUCUAUACCUGGAGUGUUCUAUUUCAGGGAAGCAGCCGCUUUUGUGUUUCCUUCCAUUGGAGUUAGCCCUCACUUGACCAGUAGGGGUCAGAAGACUAACUUUCACCUCCUGCUCUUUUAAAAGUCUGAAGCAGGAGGACCUUUUAUGAACUUCCUGCCUUCUUUGUCCUUCCAAGAAUGUUCCCAGGAACAUAGCAACCGAAUAACAAGGCAAAAUGGUUGUGAACCCGGACUCUGAAGUCAGACAAGAUACAUAGUUAAAAAGCUCAGCUUCACCACUUGCUAGCUCCCUGGCAUGAGAGAUGGUUUCAUACCUCUCUAUCCUUCUGCUUCUUGAACCUCCACACUGGUUUAAUACCUUCAGGGCAUUAGAGAUUUUUAAAAAUGUAUUUAAAUGGCCUAGGACAUUGUAGCUUUGUAGACAGCAAUGGACACAAUUGCAGCUGAAGGGACUCUCUAGACUUGUCUCCAUGAAGAUAGGAGGCUCCCGUUCUUUGACAAAUCUUAACCCCUGUCUUUAACAGAAGUGUAGAAUGAGAACCCAUUAUGGGCACAGUCUCCAUACUGUUUACUCCUCUUGGGCAAAGCAGUUGGCAGGUGCAGUUACUGCCUCCCUCUUUUGGCUAAUUGUGUUGUGCUUCUCUUGCCAGCCAAGGCUACAGCUGGAGAUUUUACUGAAUAGAAGUGGGAGCAAGGAGUGUUCUCCCAGAAUGCAUCAGGGCAAGGUCGGGUGCUACAGCUACCUUCCAGAUAAAUGAAACAACUAUCUUCACAGAGGAGCUGUUCUUGGAACAGAGGCCAGGAUGGCACCCGGGCAGUGAACUUAAGGAAGGAGGAAUAUGAGUGUGAGGUGGUUCCAUGAGAUGACAUCAGGGUUCCAGAUGAGAACACUCAUGUUCUACCUCACGGGCUCUCAUGAGAUUGAUAUCUAUCCCUCCCAGGGAUCCUGCACUUUGCAGAUCUGAGCAUGUAAGGACCGUGUCUGCCAUGGCAGUUGGAUACAUGGUGCCUGAGGAGGAUUAGGACUUUAGGACCAGGUCUCCACACCAGGAUAGCAGGCCUGGGUGACCGCCCUCGAGUGCUGACCAUUCACAGAUUGGCUGGUUAAACAGAACAAUAUGUUUCAUCCUCUGGUGUAAACUGCAGCCCACAUGGCUUCCUUCUACCACAUCACACUAGAGUGAAGUCUGAUGAUGUCACUGUGUUAAUGGAGCUAAUUAAAGGUGUGCACCUCAUGUUCACCAUGUGUAGCUCCUCCAUAACUGUUUCAGUUUCACUUCAACACAGUGAUGGGAUACUGGAAGCCUUUGGUUUUCUGAUCUCUGAAUAGGGCCCACUCAGUCUCUGGUCAUCAUCUCCACACACUCUAAGAGUUCUCUUCCCCUGCUGCUGCCAAGGGUUUCUGUCCUUCCCAGUAGCCAGCCUAACAUGCGACUGUGUCUCCUGAAGCUGCUUUCAACUGUGUUGGGAGCACCGAGUAUUUGUGUUCAUCUUCCCUUCUUGCUCAGUCUGUAGGACUUUAUGGAUUAUUUUCCAGUUCUCUUCUGUGUUUUCUGAAGCCCCAGGCUCUUGGGUGUAUGUAAGUUAUGUGAGGCUCUCUAAGGACCCCACUUAUGGUGCAGCCUCUAGAAGUGUUUCUAUAACGAACCUUAUGGGCCAGGUCCCAGGGUCACAUCUUGAAAUACAUGGACAGAGUCUGGUCUCCUGUAGACUGGAUGGAAAGUUGGACAAGAAAGCUUCUCGUUUAGGAUCCUUGCAGGAGAUCCCUGUUGGAGGGACCCCAGUCUCAUUUUCAACUCACUGAGAAAGGUUGCCUAAAGAUUUCCUAAACAUUCAAGGCAAAGUCCUGAAGAAAGAGGAGGUUUGGAAAGUUGUGGGCUAAAGAUGGUUCAGCUGUAACCCUCAGUGUUAGCAGUGAGUGAGUGAGUGUGUGUGUGUGUGUGUGUGUGUGUGUGUGUGUGUGUGUAUGCCCUUGGGAGGUAAACAGGCUUAAGGGAGUUGAUAAGGGUGAUUAUCUCAUCUUGGGACCAUUGAGUUUAUAUGUGGAAGUCAGAGCAGAGCUUGGUCUCUGGCUAUGUGAGUGAGGGUGUAGCAUGAAGGCAGUCAUCUGCAAACCAGUAGAGAGCCCUCACUAGAACUUAGAUCUCUGCUGGAGAUACAAGCUGAAGCCUCUCAGCUCUAAAACUUGGCAACUUUGUUACCUGUCAACCAUCCAGGCUAUGGACCUGGGUGCUGCAUUAUGGCUGCUGGAGAAGACAGAUGGUGCUAAUAUCUGGGGCAGUGUGCAUGUGUCAGGGAUACAAGGAGCAGCGAGGCCUCAUCCUAGAGAAGAAGGAGAAUGUUUACUUGUUAGCCCUAAAUAGCUUAUCCGAUUGUGUGUACAGGAAGAGAGGAGGAGGAGGAGGAGGAGGAGGAGGAGGAGGAGGAGGAGGAGGAGGAGGAGGAUGCUAUGUGACAUCUCACAGGUUGUCAUGACCCCGGAAGACACUCAGAUCCGUGUUAAAAUGUUGGACCCACUUCCAAGAGAGCUAAAUAGAGUUGUCUUAUUACAUCAGAGGGUGGAUAAAGAUAUCAUGAUUUUCUAUUGCCUGGGACAGGGCCUCAUGGUGAAGAAAGGUGUCAAAACAAAAGCACUUCAACUUCAGGAGCAAAAACCAAGACACUAGAGUCAGAGUUAACAUUCCCUUCAAGGCUGUGUGCAGCUUUACAGCUCAAGCAUGCCAGGGCUACCGUGAGGCAUCAUUCCCAGGGCAGCAAGGAGCCCUGGAGGGUCCCUUGAAGUGGAAAGGGAUGUUUCUUGAGUGGCAUAUUGAGAAAGAACAAUAGCUGGGGGCUUCUGGGGGCAAAGCUUUCGGCUUACACCGGUGGGUACCUGAUGAAAUACAUCACAAUGUGUCAUUGAAGUGUGGAGCCUUGCAGCCCCGUGGGGUCACCUGUCCCUCCCCCUGCUCAGGCAGAUCAUUCCUCACACUCUGUUUCUGAGCUCUUUGUCCGGUGGCUUUGUGCACCUCAAGCGAUGGGGCUUCCACCUCCUCCCUUGGGAUGCCAUUCCACACUCAAAUAGAGCCAGCUCCUAAGCAGGCUGUCCUGAUAUUCAGCCCAACUUUUCCUUUCUGUAAUUACAUCCCAUUCCUCUCGGCUUUACCCCUUGGCGUGACCCCGGACAAUUCUUUCCCUUCAUCGGUGUGCCUACACCCUUGCUCGGGGAGUGUAUUUGAUCCUCCGGUCUUUUUGUCCUGCCCGAGCCUUGCUUAUUCCUGGCUUGUGCUGCGGGAGUCCUUAUGAGCAGCUCCUGCUGCUCUCUGCUUUAAUCCUCGUGGCUCCCCUGCUUUGAUUUCUGUCCAAUUUGCCUAUUUCUUUCAGGGGUACUGAAGAGCCCCGAAUGAACCCUGGGCUUCUUCACUAUAUUAUUUAUUAAUCUUUUAUAUGGGAGAUCUUCUCAAUGAUGAUAAAGCAGGUUGGCUGGAAAAUAAAAAAUCCCUUUGAAAGACAGAGUUGAUGUGAACUCCUGUGAUCAGGACUCUGGGCACUUCAGAGAGAAAUGAGUUUGCAGUCCCACCACCCAGCCCUCUGAUACCCAGGCAGCUGUACUUCCUUGUACUGCAGAGGGCAAAGGAGGCUGGGAUUUAGGGCACAGAUGGAUCAGAGUGGCCCUCCCCAGUCAGUCUCUCUCACCCAGACUGUUCCCCAAGGCCAGACUCCGGGUUGCCCCUCAACAACCCUUCAUUUGACUCCCCUCCCUCCAUGAUUGGUGUGACUGGAUGGGAUCAUCCUGACUUUUUUUUCUGAAUCAGCUCAGUAUUUUUCCCCACUUUCUUCUAUGGUGCCUCCUGUAUUUCUUUCGUCUUCACGUACCCCCUAGUAAGCUUCAUGUAGAACUUACCUUGAUCGCAAUAUUCUGUUGGGGGCAAGAGCCAAUGUAAUUAAAAUAACAAGACAGAGAGUUCUGGCUGGCUUGGGGUUUCCAGUCACAAGUGGGAGAACAGUAGGUGGAGGCUAAAAUGCAAGUGUAGUUGAAUGAUGCGGGGCUGUGAAGCAAGAGUGACCUGGAGCCCAUAUGAAUUCCAUCAAGCUUGAGAACGGCGCAUUGCCAGGCAUGGUCAUGCAUGCCUGUGGAGGCAGAAGCAGGUUCAUCUUUGUGAGGGCCAGGUCAGCUUGGUCUAUACAACAGGUUCCAGGUUAGCGGGAGCUACAUAGUGAGAUGUGUCUUGGGAUCAUUUUUAACAGAAUCGGUUUAAGGGACCAGCCAUGCAUGAUCAGUAGACAGGGAAAAUCAAGGCCUAGGCAAGAAAGAUGGUUAGCAAGAUGUCAAGUCAAGUAUAUAUAUAUACAAAGCUUCACUGUUUAGUGUUGACAAAGAGCAAGAAUAGAAUAAUGAGAAACAGGUUGUGCACUGGGUGACAUUCUGGGGGUAUGUACAGAUAUUUGUUACUAUAUUUUUUUUGGCAUUGUGAAGAGGAUGGAAAACUAAGAUUCUCAUUUAUCGUGUAAUAAAACCAGUCUACCUUUGUGUAAGUGUGGGGUCCUUGAGAUUGAACCCAGGGCCUCAUGUGUGUGGUCAGUGCACUAUGACUCAGAUACAACCCCAAUGUGGAAGUACUGGAGGCACACACCUCAGAGAAUAGUUGUCCAGAGCCAAGAUAGGGGCAUAAAAAGGAAACAUGACUCAUAUUUGGAAAACCUCUGGGUAUUUGGGCAACUUUCAGCAUCAUUUGGGCAUGGUUUUGCUCCGGUAUUUUACACAGCACAUGCCUAGGUGCUCAUUUCAUUUGUUUAAAUGAACACAUGGCCACAAUUUCUUGUGUGUUUUGUACUCUUGGGAACCUGAGACAUUCUUUUUCAUAAAUGGUAUCCAGCUAGGAGGAUGAUCACAGAGAUGAGACCUGUGGACAUUUUUAACAGUCACUAAAGCAGAGGAAACAAUGUUGAUUUUUAGGAAGACAGAUCUUGGUUUCUCACUGCUUAUGAUUUUAAUAUAACUACAGGGAUCUCUCUCUCUCUCUCUCUCUCUCUCUCUCUCUCUCUCUCUCUCUCACACACACACACACAGAUCGAGAGAGAGAGACAGAGAGACAGAGAGAGAGAACGCAUGUCUGAACCAUGCAUAGGUUCUCUCUGCCCAUCAUUAUGUGGUUCUGGGGAUUGAACUCAGGGAACCAACAGGUACACAGCAAGUGCCUUUACCUGCUGAGCCAUCACACUGGGUUUUAUUUAAUAGGUUAAAAACAUAUGUAGAAUACAGGGCCUGCUCCAGAAUAUGGCUGAUAUUCUUAGGGUCACUCCAUUAAAGAAAACAUUUUCCCUUCCAGCAACAUUCAAUAACAAAUAGCUUUUGGCUUCGGGUGAAUGGGUGGAUUCCAUUAUUUUGUGUGCCUGUGUUUGUGGGUGCAUGGGUGUGUGUGUGUGUGUGUGCGUGUUAGUGUUUAACAAGAAAAAGGACAAGAAGUUGAGUGAGUGAGUGAGUAAGUAAGUGAGUGAGUGAGUGAGUUGAGGGGAGGAUCUGGGGAGAGUCAAUUAAAACAUAUUAUAUGAAAUUUGCAGAAAAUAAGUAACAUUUAAAACUUAUGCAGUAACUAUUAACAUCUUAGAUUCUGGAACCAGCUGGCACUGUCUACAUCCUGAUUCUAAGAGUUUCUUACUAAAUCUUGAGCAGCUCAAAGUCUGUACAUCCAUUUUCUCUUCUGUCCAUGGGGAAGAUAAUAUUUCCCUUGUAGAUUGUCACGAGUCAUAUGCAGAAAGCCUUGAACCCAGUGCAGGUUGCACAUUUGAGCAAGGACACUUAGUAAACACCAGGUGCUAAGUCUUGAGUGACACACACCUCAUGAACUGUCCCACACGAUCUUUACAGUAGUCUACAAACAGUGCUGUGGCUAUUUGACUAAAUACCUCACAGGGUUCUAAUUGAAGUUUGACGCAUAUUGGCACUUCUUUCCAAUACACACCACUGACCACGUCAAAGCCCAUCUGAGAGUGGGUAUUUGAAUAGCUUAUCAGAACUAUGGAAAAUCUUUAACUUUGUAGUUGGGGAAAGAGUAAGGGGAAGGUUAUUUGUGUCCAGCAAGAAGAUGUAGUUUUACUAGUAGAAGUAGUUCCUACUCCCCUUCUUUGUUCAAUCGCCUCUUCCUUUGCGUGUCUGUGAAGUAACAUGGUGUGCGGUCUUCCAGGCACUUCCAGACAAGAGGUAAUCAUGUCUGGCCACUGAGAAGUUGCUGUCAUCUGAAUGACGUAGUAUGUGCAAAGUGCACCAUACAACAUUGGUGUUAGUGGUGCCGAGUGAAUGAGUGAGAUCACCAAAGACCAGCUCCUUAGUUACACGUUGUUGCUACAACACGUGGCUUUGAGUCAGCCUCCAGAAGCCAUUCUAGACUGUCUGCUGCAUCCUUCUCAUUUCUUGGUAGACAUACCACACACAUUGUCAUGAACAUUCUCAUUUACCUUUCUGAAUUGGGUGUGGCCAGAUAUUUGUGGCACACCACCUUAUAGUUUGGAUGUAUUGUUUCCCUUAGUGUGAUGGACAUGGAGAAAAUUUGGGCUUUGUUUCUGUGUGACUUAAUAUUAUCAAACACAAAAGAGGGCCAUGAAAAUGGAGUGAUAUGCAGUAUCAUGAAAAUGGAGUGAUAGCCUAUCCCUGCAUGUAGGCUUAAAGCUAAAAGGAAACACCACACCCCUUAAAGGCUUUUUAAAGGUUCCUUGCUUUUGGAGCAGUGAGAUUCAAUUCAUUUGGUUUUGGAGUGUUUGUUUUCAAAUUCUAUUGUAAGUUGCAACUCUUUGUACUAUUCUGAGUUAGGCUACUUAGCUUUUAGACACGCUUUGAGAGGAGACUCUUACCUGCAGUCAACCAUCAGUUCAUGUUUCUUUGUUCUAAUCUCCAUUCCUCCUCCUAGUGGCUUUCAAGUAGGCAAAUAAAUCCAAGAGUCCCUUGAUGGGUAGUUUAAGUUUACUUAAUUUACUCUCCUUCAGGGGAAAAAAAAGUAUUAUUUCUCCCAGCAUCCCCAUAAAUCCAUUUCUCAUAAGAAUUUGAUUGAUUGGCGGCUAGUGAGAUGUUCCAGCAAAUAAAUGUACUCACUGUCAAGCCAGACAACCUGAGUUUGGUCUCCAGAACUUCCAUGAUGGAAGGAGAAAAUUGGCUUCCCCAAACUCACUCUCUCUCUCUCUCUCUCUCUCUCUCUCUCUCUCUCAUACAUACACACAGAGUAAAGAAAUAGAAGAAUGUAAUUGGGAAAUGUUGGGCAAACAAUGUAUUGAUCUCAUCUUCAGCUGACAAGGUAGCUUGUAUUGUACGUCUCUCCUUAUGUCUUCAUUGUUGUCAUAAUUAUCUUAAUCCUUCAGAAGGUGGUGGCUCUCUAGAAUGGUAUAUUUGCCACAUACAGUCUAACUAACUGUCCUCUUCACUCCUUUUCUUUAGAAAAACAUUCUUGGUGAAAAAGCUAAACCACAUGUCAAAACAUUUUUGUUUUUCAAAAUCUAAAUGCAUCUAUAGACAGUUUCUCACUGAUCAGGAGAAAAACAAAAUAGGAGCCAAGGCUACACAUGGCCAAAGCCCAAGAUAAACUCAUCUACCCUAACUGAAAACAAAAAUAGCUCAGUAAAAUCCAAAGGCCCAGAGGCCAGGGUAUUAAUCACACUAUAAAGUAAGUCACCUAAAUGUUUAAGGGACCUAUCUAUCUCCAAGGGUCCCAGGUAGGGCUGUGGAAUGACUUGAGAUUUUAAAGUUUUCCUCCGGUCUUGUGUGAUUCCUAAGAAGAUUUUCUAUAGGUCAAACUUACUCUGGCUAUGAAUAUAGGGAGUGUCUUCUAAAGGCAGUAUCUGGGAGUGCUACCCUGAGGGGCUCAGCAGUUCCUCGCUUUUCAGUUUCUCCAUGGGACUGAAUAGUGAUGAGCUUCAUUGGAGAAAAAUUGCCUGGAUGGUGUUAUAAAUUAUAUAAUGGUUAUUAAUUAUAAUGUUACUAAUUACAUAAUUAAAUCACACUGUAACAUUCCUAAUAACAUCUUGGAGUACACCCCCAAAAGACGCAUUGUUGAAUUUUUUUACCUUUAGUAUUUAAAUAUAAUAGUUUAGCAAUGUAUAAACAUUAAAAUUUCCUUUCAUUUCAACUUUCAGAGAGAGUCACCAUUAACACUUUGAAAUUUGUUUUCUUCCCUUUUCACAUGCAUGCAUUAAAAUGCAUUAAAAUCUAUGUGGACCUGCUGCACACACACACACACACACACACACACACACACACACACACACACACACAAUGACUGAUGUUGUAUAACAUUCUAUCUUGUGGAUGUAACAUCAUUUGUUUAACCAAUCUUCCAUGGCAGACCAUGAAGUUCUAAAUUUUUCAUUCUUAUCCAUCAUGCUUUGAUAAGCAUCUUUGAUUUCUUUAUCUCAGGCCUUCUCCACAGCCACUGUCUCACUCCCUCUCAGUGGUCCUUCUGCAUCUCCUCAUCCAUGCCAUUUUAUUAGAAAUCUACCAAAGUCCAGGCAGCAAAAAUUAAAAAAAAAAUCAUGAAGAUAGCCUGAAGUUUAAAUUCCAGGCAGUAAACAAAACUGCACACAUGCACCUGGUUCUUCUGGAAGCAUCCUCUUUAUAAUUUAUAAGUGAGACCCUCUUAUAAAGGGCUGCCCCUGUGUGUGUGUGUGUGUGUCUAUCUGUCUGUCUGUGUCUGUCUUGUGCAUACUUGUGUACAUGAAUGCACACAUGUACGUACACACACACACACACACACACACACACACACACACAUACACACACAGUUUCAUUAAUGCCCAUGAAUAGGUAUUUAGAGCCUUUUUCUUUUUGUUAGUAUGCCAGACAUUGUAAUAUUUAUCCAAUAUUUGCCCUGAUCCCCAAGACAAUUUCAUUGAGAUGUCAACCUCUUUCCUUUAUUUACAGUGCCAGUGCAAUUGGGCCUCCCUUGCAAGUAACUAGUUGAAACUUCUGAAUUUAUUUCUUUAGACUAAAUUUCCUGAAAUAGCUCAGAGAGACUCCAAUAAUAAUUUUAAUAGAGACAGUUUCUUGAAGAUAACCAAAACAGUCUCUGAGCCCAUCUCUUCCAGCCUCAGGACCAAAUCAGGGAGACAGCAGGGAAGGAAAACACUAAUAUUUUUCAUUCACAGGAGUUGGGCCAGAUAUGCUCAGAAAGUCAUCCACAAACCAGUUUUUCUGAUCUAUGGCUGGGGUGGUCACGGAAUGAGUGCAGGCAUGUUUCCCAUGCUGGAAGUUAGUAAUCCCAUUUCGAAGAAUGGUGGGUGAUGAAACCAUUCAAAACUAGCUUUUUCCAAAGCAGAGAGCUUUGAGGGAGGUGAUCACCAUUGGGUCAAUCAGGGUGAGGGAGGAGCCUGGCUCGAUUAACUUGAACAGAGUGCUGGGCACAGCUUUGCCACCCCUUUUGUCCCCUCCCAAAUCCCGACAGGCUAGCCUAGCAAUGCUUGAGAACUUUUCAUUUUGUGCAAGAUAUGAAAACGUGCUAUGAAGUAACUAGCCCAGAACAUGCAGCGAGACUGUUAGCAAUCUCGGAGGUAUUAGACUUGGCCGGGCAAAGGGGAGCACUGGGAUUCCUACUCUAAGUCAGGCUAAGGUCCUUUCCUCUGUUGGUUCAGUCUGUAAAAUGGAAGCAAUGUCUUCCUUUGGACGUCGUGGGACCAUGAAGAAGCAUGUUCUAAUUCCCAGGGAAAGUCACAAGGUGCGGAUUAGUUUCCAGUAGUGGCUCAGACAGCCAAAACCGAGUUGGGAGGCUGGUACAUUUUUAUUUUUAGAGAAAACCAAUUCCCCAACAUGUCCUAUUCUAUGGCAAGGUAGUUGCUGAGUUACACAGUGAUGCAUCCGCAGCUACUGAGGCGGUGAUGCCCAGGUGCACUGCCGUGUGAUGAGUAGCCCCCCAGCACUGGCAUGAGUGCCAGGCUCAAAGGAUCGUUUCUCACCCCCAGCCCAUUGAGUCUAGCUUCCCUUGAUUAGCCAUUUGAAUGCACACUUUUGUUCUAUUCCUGGCUGGCAGGGUCUGUUAAUUACUGAACAUGGUACACUUAAAAAAAAUACGGAGAGGAGAGCCUUGUUUGGGAAAGUUUCGUUUUAGGUCCAGUAAUUUGAAUUGGCAGUCAUAGGAGAGAACAUUGUAAUAGAUCCACCUGACUAACUUGGAUUUUGCAUUUCCAGCACUCAAAAGUACAAUGCUUAUGGUAAUGAAUUUUAUCUAUUACGAGGGAAAACAAUCACCUUUGAUGACAUUAUAGAGUAAACACAUUUAACAGCAUGCUGAAUUGCUGAAGUAUCAUUUUCAACGCCCUCAUUAGUGUCACUUAAUUAAAACUUCCUGCUCUUGACUUUGAUGCCGGUACAGGCAAAAAACACAGGGGGAAUUGAACAAACAACAAAAGAAGGGGGGCCACUGCCGCUUUUUCUGGUGAUAAAUCACAGAGGUUGCUAAUGAAACCGAAUUAUGUACCUUUUUUCCCCCUGCAACUCCGAUAAAAUAAUACGGAACACGCAGCAACUUUGCAUCAAGCAAAUUAAUCAGCUGUCAGCCGAUUUGCCUUUAUAAUAAUCUUUUGUACUUAUUGAUCAUUUAAAAGGGAGGGGGACUCUUGUUUCCAUCUCCGUACACAAGCAUUAGGUUGGUGGUAAUUAAAGCCUUAGCUUCAGAAAUGCCAUAAUAACCGUUAAUUAGCAGGAUGCUAUUUUCAACAUAAUUUGCUAAUUAGGCAGUGAACUGGUAUAGUGUAUAUACCUAAUUACGAAGGGUCCUGUGCUGUAGACACGUGUGACUGGGGUGUAAAUGACACCAUUAUAGGGGUCCUCACAGACUUUUAGAAAAUACAGUUUGUUCAGAGUGCUUAGUUCUUUAGGGACUUCUUGGCGUAAAGGAUGCUAUUACUCUUGGCUCUUUUGUGUGAAGCUUCGACGGGAAAAACAUUCCAUAGGGUUGGACUCUUUUCUUUUAUCUAGACUGGAAAAAAGGCGGGGCCGAGGGCUCCAGAGAGGCAUUGUUGCAGGUACAAGGGCUGAUAAUUAGGCAUGGAAGCAACUCACAGUCCAGCAGGAAAGGCAAAUGGUCUCCGUUAGCAGGACACGCGGAGUCAUCUGUGAGUCAGAAUGGCAGGAAUCUGUUCUUACUGGACUCCCUUCAGUACCUUAACUUGUCUGUCACACACUGGCACACCAUAGCAUGAAGCUCUUUGCCUCUCUAGCCCCUCCUCCUACACUGCCCUGUGUAGGGCAUACUAGACAUUAAAAAAAAAAUAGAUGUUUAUUUCUGUCUAUUUUUAAUCCAGUUUGCUUUUCCAACUUUCUUGGCCUAAAGGGGGGUUGGGGGGGUGGGGUCCAGAUGAUCUCUGCAGCAUGAAGCUCGGUUGGUAGAGCACAAUGUGUGGAGGCCUGGGUACCAGCCUCAGCAUCAUACAAACGAGGUUUAAUGUACACAUCUGGAAUCCCAGCACUCUGGAGGCCAAGGCAGGAGCAUCAGAUGUUUCAGGUUAUAUUCAGCUACACAGUAGGCUCCAGGGCAGCCUGGACUACACGACACCCUCUCUCCAAGGCAAAAUCAAGCCAAACAGAAAAUCUAAACAUUAAAAAAA